GGAAGAAGCCCGUGUCACGUGACCAGGAACGUCAACGAUUCAAUGGCAGCCUACUGUUUUGUAAAUUAACACAAGGGACAGCUGCAUAAAAUACUGUUUUAAACGACAGAAUCGCAUUUCUAAGCAUCGCAUGUAGGUUUCAGCCAAUCCGUGAGUUCGGCCGUGCCUUUGUUGAGGCGAUUGGAUGACGCCCAUACUGGCAUCGAUGAAUAAAAACUACUCCAUCAAUAAUAUGAUAUCUCAUAGACCGCUGAAGACAACAUGGGCUCAGACGCUGCCAUGUCUCCCAAGAUCACGGUGGAGCUGCUGCGGCAGCUACGGCAAGCCAUGAGGAACACCAAGUACAUCGCUGAGCCCAUCCAGGCCUACAUUGUCCCCUCUGGAGACGCACACCAGAGUGAAUACAUCGCACCAUGUGACUGCAGACGUGAAUUCAUCUGUGGCUUCAAUGGCUCCGCAGGCACGGCCAUAGUGACAGAGAAGCAUGCGGCCAUGUGGACAGACGGACGGUACUUCCUCCAGGCCAGCCAGCAGAUGGACAACAACUGGACCCUCAUGAAGAUGGGUCUGAAGGAGACACUUAGCCAGGAGGACUGGCUGAUCAGUGUACUGCCUGAGAACUCGACAGUAGGAGUGGACCCCUGGAUCAUUGCUACUGACCAGUGGAAGAACAUGUCUAAGGCCCUGGCUGGUGCAGGCCACUCCCUGGUGGCUGUUCAGGACAACCUGAUAGAUGCCAUCUGGAUGGACCGUCCAACCAGACCCUCCACUAAGCUCCUCACCCUGGGCCUGGGGUUCACGGGUCUGACCUGGCAGGACAAGAUGACCGCUCUGAGAUCCAAGAUGGCCGAGAGGAAGAUCUCCUGGUUCGUUGCCACGGCGCUGGAUGAGAUUGCAUGGCUGUUCAACCUCCGUGGCUCUGACAUCGAGUACAACCCUGUUUUCUUUGCGUACGCCAUCGUUGGAAUGAACACAAUCAGGCUCUUUGUGGACAUCAAGCGUCUGGCCGUGCCGACGGUGAGGGAGCACCUUCAGCUGGACACGCCCUCCAAGGCGGAGCUUAGCAUCCAGACCGCCCCCUACGAGUCUGUGUUCACGGAGCUGCAGGCCGUGUGUGCCUCCCUGGUGCCCAAGGAGAAGGUGUGGAUCAGCGACAAAGCCAGCUGCGCCCUCACACAGGUCAUCCCCAAGGCCCACCGGUCUCUUAUCCCCUACACUCCUCUCUGCCUCGCCAAAGCUGUCAAGAACACCACCGAGAUUCAAGGGAUGAAAAUGGCCCAUAUCAAGGAUGCUGUCGCCCUUUGUGAGCUCUUCGCUUGGUUGGAAAAAGAGAUUCCAAAAGGCACAGUGACUGAGAUAUCCGCAGCAGAUAAGGCCGAGGAGUUACGCAGCCAGCAGAAAGACUUUGUCGGACUCAGCUUCCCAUCCAUUUCCAGUGUUGGACCAAACGGAGCAAUCAUUCAUUACAGACCCCUCCCUGAAACCAACAGAACUCUCUCUCUAAACGAAAUCUACCUCCUUGACUCUGGAGCCCAGUAUAUUGAUGGAACAACAGACGUCACCCGCACCAUGCACUUUGGAUCCCCCUCUGCUUAUGAGAAGGAAACCUUCACCUAUGUUCUGAAGGGACAUAUAGCCGUCAGUGCUGCCAUUUUCCCCAACGGAACCAAAGGCCACCUGCUGGACUCGUUUGCCCGCCAGGCGCUGUGGGAGUCUGGGCUGGACUACCUCCAUGGUACGGGCCACGGGGUGGGAUGUUUCCUCAAUGUCCACGAGGGACCCUGUGGGAUCUCCUACAAGACCUUCGCCGACGAGCCCCUGGAGGCAGGCAUGAUUGUCAGCGAUGAACCUGGGUACUAUGAGGACGGCUUGUUUGGCAUUAGAAUUGAAAACGUUGUUCUGGUGGUGCCAGCAAAACCCAAGUACAACUACAGAAACAAGGGCAGUUUGACGUUUGAGCCUCUCACUCUGGUCCCCAUCCAAGCCAAGAUGGUAAACACAGAUAUUCUCACCCAGAAAGAGCGUGAUUGGGUGAACGAGUACCACAGGCAGUGCCGGGAGACGAUUGGAGCAGAGCUGGAGAGGCAGGGCCGCAAGGAGGCCCUGGAUUGGCUGAUCAGGGAAACCCAGCCAAUCGCCUGAAGGCUAUUCUGUGACAGACUCUAAUUUAAACCAAUUGUAUUGCCCAGGAGUACAAUUGAGCAAUCAAUUGAUUGCUCAUCUCAGCAGUGAUGAUAACCUUUUCUUUUGAUAUUUUCUCUGAGAAGCUACUAUCUAUCGUUCUGGUCUCUGUGUAUUUCACGCUAUGCUUCUUUUCUAAAGCACACCAUCCAUGUCUGAACUGUUUUAUGGCGAUUCAAUAAAUAUCCAAGUGUGGGAAAAAAGGA